GAGAGAUCUGACACCUUUGUUUUAUCUGUUGUUGUUUUCUUUCCACCGCGACGAGUAACGCCAGCUUACACGCACGACGACGGUGACAGUUUAAAAGGAAACACUAUCUCUAUAUAUUUAUUCAUCUAAUAUACAUAACGAACUAAACCCGCAGGAAGGAGCAAUUGGCCGACGCGAGCUGUCGUUUUCUCGCUCCGUUUGUAUUCGUCUGCUCUCCACCUUAAACGGGCACGAGUGGGUUCAACGCGCCGUGGCGACCGACAAAACAUAAGAAAGGAAAAGGUCGAAUCAACUAUUUUUAUUAUCCUUUUUAAAAAGAGAAUAUAAAGAGUCCUCAGAGCAAAGGCAGUCAUGCAGGAGUUCCACGCGUUUAUGGUGUCUCCGAACAAGGAGCACAAGCUGGAGAUCCCGGAGGGGUGCGGCUACCACCUCUCCAUCCUCUCGCUGCCGCGCGGUGCGAACGGCAAGACGACGAUUUAUGUUUCGGUGGACGGCACAUCGCACGUGCUCGCCACGCUGGACUCGCAGCAAAACAUCUUACAGGUGCCCACAGACCUCAUCUUCAACUACCAGCAGGCCGUGACGUUCUUCUCGAAGGGCUCGGCCACCGUGCACUGCGUCGGUUACCGCCAGGCGCUGGACCUCGACGAUGACGACGAGGACACCCCGUUUGCGGUAGAGGAUGGCGACAGCGACGCCGAGGCGGCUGCGAGGAACGUGAAGCUGCCAGUGGACGCGAUUGAUGAGGCCGAAAAGGCGUCGGAGGAGCACGAGGACGACGAGGACGACGAGGAGGAAGGAGAGGAGGAAGAAGACGACGAGGAGGAGGACGCGGUGGACCACGAGGGCAUGGCAGCGAUGGCGGAGGAGUCGGAGGAGGAGGAGGAGGACGAGGACGAAGAGGCGGCGGGUGACGACAGCGACAUCGCGGAGGAGCCGGCGGGGAUGCGGGCGCUGCACGUCGAUCCCACCGCCCCGUCGGAUGAGGAGGCGGUCGACGAGGAAGACGAUGAGGAAGACGAUGAGGAAGACGAUGAGGAAGACGCGGAGUUGGGUGAGGAGUUGGAGGGCGAGGAGGAAGAAGAGGACGAGGACGAGGAGGAGGACGAGGAGGACGAGAAAGAUAGCGAGGAUGAAACCGAAGAGAAGGAGGACGAAGCCGAGCCCCCGAUGAAGGCGGCCCGCGCGGAGAUGUCACCGAUUAAGGCAUCGCCGCAGCGCCCGAGUGGUGGUUCGCCUCAAGGUCGCCCGAAUGGCAGCUCCCCGCAGGACCGCCAGAGCGGUGGUUCUCCGCAGGGCCGCCAGAGCGGUGGUUCUCCGCAGGGCCGUCAGAGCGGUGGUUCUCCGCAGGGCCGUCAGAGCGGUGGUUCUCCGCAGGGCCGUCAGAGCGGUGGUUCUCCGCAGGGCCGUCAGAGCGGUGGUUCUCCGCAGGGCCGUCAGAGCGGUGGUUCUCCGCAGGGCCGUCAGAGCGGUGGUUCUCCGCAGGGCCGUCAGAGCGGUGGUUCUCCGCAGGGCCGCCGUAGCUCUUAA